AUGGGUGAAUUGCUCGAAGAAGCUCUUCGUGUCAGCCCUCGACUUCUGAUCAAGGGAGAUAUUCCUUGCCAAAUGGAAAUCGACCUGAAAGUGAUGGUGAAGGCAAUCCAACAAAUUCUGAUGAAAGGAGAGAUGGACGAAAUACAGCUGAAAGUUUCUGUGUCUGCUCAACUCAAGCGAAUCGAGUUCGAGGAGAAAUCUUUUGAAGCGAAAUUGAACGAAACCGAAGCAGCCAUCAAAGAAAAUGAUAAAGAGCUAGAAUCUCUGAAACUCAAGCGGAGCAAAUUGAACGCCAGGAAGACUCAAUCUGAAAGGACAGCUAAAAGAGAGACAACAUCAGUCAUGUUACUCAAGAUCUACUUCUUGAUAUUCGCGAUAGAAGCUCAACGUGGGGACAUAAGAGAUGAUUGCCCUGAUGCUGAACUAGGGGAAGUUUGCUUUGAUUUUUGUGAGGAAAAAUACAUAAAAUGUUUGAGCGAUUGCACCAGCUCAUAUUGUGAGCUUGAGUGUGCUCCUGUCCUUACAGAUUGUUACACUGCAUGCCCUUGCUUUCGUGAUUGUCCUGAGGGCUGUGAAAACUGUCCGAAUAGCAUUUGCCUAUGCGUGGACCCCGAAAACAAUCCGUACACAAAGCAAUGUUCAAAAGCCGCUUUCACUAGGCUUGAUUUAUGUCUCGAAAGCUGUUACCUCGACAAAAACUGCAUGGACGACUGCCUCGACAACUACAAAGAGGAAAUAGAUUAUUGUCCUUGCAUGAAAAACUGCCCUAUGGGAUGCUCUUGCGAAGGGGGAUACACUUGCCCAGAGCAUGUGACUGUUCUUUGUCAGAGUCGAUCUGAAGACAUUGAGAUUUGGCGCUAUACAAAUAUCAAUUAUGUCAUUUCAACGGACGGAAAGUUCAAAGAAAACCGAUUUUAUGAGGUCCCACAAACGAGCACAUACCCUUAUCUUGAAUGGUCUGGUCAUGCGAUUCUUCGAGGAGAGGUUUACUUUUUUGGCUCGAGAUCUGAGCUCACAAAGAAGAUUGCAAAACUCUCUGGUUGCCGAAUAGAAACGACGAAAAAACAGCUAUUGAAUGCGUUCGACACAGCUUAUGGCUCUCUUGUUUCUUUGACCGGUGGUGAAAUGGUCAUUUUAUGCCAGGGAAGCACAAAAAACUGUGAAAGUUUUGAUGGUGAAAAGAGUCAAUCCAUUGUUUCAACAAAAGUUCAACAUGAAUCUGCUUGCAUGGCGCAGUAUAAAAACGCUCCGAUUAUAGUCGGCUCACACUCUCCUCGUUCAAAUCGCGUUGAAAUUUAUACUCCAAGCUCGCAAACAUUUGCCUGGGAAGACGCAACUGCUCAUCCGGAGAAUAUAUUUUCUCAAACAUGUCUCUCUGUAAUUAACGGAGUUCUUACUAUCGGUGGAUAUUUGAAUGAAAUCGAUGAUGGACCAACAAGAAAUAUUUACCUCUACCGGGAUGAUCAAUGGAGUCUUGUUGGAGAACUACAAUAUUUUAAUCGGUUUGGCUCUUCGAUUUACUUUGGAGAUUAUUUUCUUGUAUUUGGUGGGAAUUAUGGAACAAACUACGUCGAAAAAGUCAUCUGGGAUGGUCAAAAUGUUACUUCUUCGACAGUCAUCAACAUUCAUGAAGGCGAUUGCCGCCGUCCGAUCAUUUUCGAAUCUGAUCCUGAUGUUUGUUCAGAGAACUGUCAAGAUUUCUGCUAUUACCAAUAUGAAGGUUGA